AUGACGCUUAAAAAAGCACGCUCCCCGCGUGCUUUCAUCGCCCCCCUGCCCCUGACCUCAGUGCGCCCGCAAUCACCGCGGUGCCCUGUGCGCCUCACGCUGCGAUGCGCGGCUAGUAAAUUGUUGGUAAUCGAGCUGUCGGAGAUCCUUCGCAAGCCAAAUCCGGCUCACAUGAAGACGUUUACAGAACGAGUGUCUGCCGAUCGUGCCAAGGACACGGAUACCACGUUUGUGCUCUACAGUAGCGACGUAGGAUAUGCGCAGGCGAUGGAACAGAUGGAGAAGGUUGGGCUGAUCCAGCCGGAUGCGCUCGCGACUUUCCACGGGACUGAGUUGUAUCAACGGAGAUACAAGACGCCGGACCCGUACUGGGCCAAGAUGGUGUGCAAGGAUUGGGACCCCAAGCCGACGAGAUGGGUGAUCGGGGAGUAUUUCAAGACCGAGUUGAAGCACUGCCCAGAGGACUCAGAUGAUUUCGGCCUCAUCUUUGAGUGCAAGAAGAAGAAGCAGGAUCGGACGGAGCUCUGCAGGGAGGUUGAGAUCAAGCUCGAGCAGAUGGGGAUCACAGCGCGGGUAGGGAAAAGGGGAGAAAGCCGGAAUAUGAUAGUGACACCGGCAGCAGGGUCGGUCGGGGAUUUAGUCGGGUUCUGCCAGAUGAUGCUGAGAAUAUCAGAGAAGAUGACGUUUGUAUUCGGCGGGAGCGAGCUGGUGAAUAAGAGCGUGCAGGGCAAAGAGAAUUUGGGAAUAUAUGGGAAAGAUGCUGGGAUCGGGGUGAAGGCCGCGGGAGAGCAAGUUUUUGUGUCGGAAAAGAACGGGAUUGAAGCCCUGAUGGAGGGUGUGAUGUUUCAUGACAUAUUGUGA